GUGUUUGAGUGUUCAUUGACUGCAGUGUUGGAGAGAUUUGAAGGCAAACCAUAAGUCGUGUCACCGUUUGGUUCACUCUUUGACAACACUUUCACUCAUCGGUCACUUGAGUUGAUCGGCAUUGAAGGCACCGAUAGAUCCACUGAAUAGUGACUCUUGUGGUGCUCUCGGCUCUCUAAUCGCAUAGCAAACCAUUAGCCCAUAGACUGUGAAGAUGUUCGUCGAGUCGUUAGGUUUCGGCGAUUUGGCCAAAAUGUCGAAGAGACAGUUGUUAUAUCAAGUGCUCAACUUCGGAAUGAUUGUCUCGUCGGCGCUCAUGAUCUGGAAGGGACUGAUGGUCGUCACCGGCAGUGAGUCACCCAUUGUUGUGGUCCUCAGUGGAAGUAUGGAACCGGCUUUCCAUAGGGGAGACCUACUCUUCCUCACCAACUAUAAGGAGGACCCGAUCAGAGUCGGCGAUAUUGUCGUGUUUAAAGUGGAGGGACGGGACAUACCUAUCGUUCAUCGAGUGCUUAAACUUCACGAA